AUGGGGACCCNGCAGGUGUUCAGUAACGAGGGGCAGUUCCGGCUGCGUUUCGGGGUGCGGGGCCGUUCCCCGGGGCAGCUCCAGCGCCCCACGGGGGUCUCAGUGGACACCAACGGUGACAUCAUCGUGGCCGACUACGACAACCGCUGGGUCAGUGUGUUCUCACCUGAGGGCAAGUUCAAGACGAAGCUGGGCGCGGGGCGGCUGAUGGGCCCCAAGGGCGUCGCCGUGGACAAAAACGGGCACAUCAUCGUGGUGGACAACAAGGCUUGCUGCGUCUUCAUCUUCCAGCCCAACGGCAAGCUGGUGGCUCGGUUCGGCUCCCGCGGCACCGCCGAGCGCCAGUUCGCAGGACCCCAUUUUGUGGCUGUCAACAACAAGAAUGAGAUUGUGGUGACCGACUUCCACAACCACUCUGUGAAGGUGAGCGCAGGCACAGGCAGGUGCUGAGAGCCCCUGGUGCUCUGAGGGUGGGCUGGGGGCUGC